UUCUUAUCUGCUGCAGGAUUAAAAACCACGAUUACCACGAGGUAUCAAUUUGCUCGUCAAAUUGCAGCCGAUGACCAAACAUUAUUAUAUAGCAAGAUUUCAUGCAUGUUCUGAAAAUCAGGUCGGCUCAGUGGACUCCUCUAGACAAUAACAGCUUGACUUGCUAUUUUUAGUGACACUGCAAUUGCAGCUCAUGAGCACAGUCUAGUUUCAGCACGAGAUAUUAAGGCCAGUGCGAUUGGAUUAAUUCAAAUCAGGCAGUCAUGAUUGUUAGACAUUUGAGCGUGUGUAAAGGAGGCCAAAUACUUGGCAGGUGGAGUAAAAGCUGGAAAACGGUUCCUUUGCAGGGAAAUCAAACAAGGAGAAAUUGCUCUAGUCUAGAUCAAACAAGAAAUGAAGAGAGAAAGUACGAAGAAGUUAGAAUUCCAGUGCCUUGGGGACAUAUUGCAGGCAAAAAAUGGGGCGAGCCAGAAGAAAUUCCAGUGAUUGCGAUUCACGGAUGGCGCGAUAAUGCGGGAACCUUUGACACAUUAGCCCCUCUGCUCAAAUUCAAUUUCCUCGCUAUUGACCUGCCGGGCCACGGAUUGUCCUCUCACAUUCCAAUUGGAGUUAACGCCCACUACCCCGACACUAUUGUGGCGUUGCGGCAAAUUGUCAAGCACUAUGGCUUCAACAAAAUUUCCAUUUUGGGCCACUCUCUGGGCAGUUCUAUUGGCUACGCCUACGCUGGCUUAUAUCCAGAAGCUGUGCACAAGUAUGUGAGCAUUGAGUGCGGUCGAGCGCGAAUUUUGAGCCACCCCAAAGACUUGGCUGACGACUGGGGCGAAACCAUAGACAGCUUGCUCAACGUGGAGAAGAAACUCAUCCAACAGCAGCCGCCGGAGUUCACUUAUUCAGAGCUAGUUGAACGGCAGCAGAAGGGCGCCUUUAUGAGUCCCAGCAUCAAGUCAACUAACAUUUUGCUUAAGAGAGGGUCAAGACUUUCAACUACCAACCCGGAAAAAUUCGUCUUCACCUAUGACCCAAGAAUUAGAUUAGACUCAUUCAAACGUUUUACGCCAGACAUGUUGAUGGCCAUUGGCAAGCAGAUCAAGUGUCAUGUGCUAAACAUACAUGCUGACCCGGGGAUGCAGGUCAAGCUUGAAAAAGAGUAUGAAGAGUCUGUAGAAAUCCUCAAGGAAUCUACCUCCAGAUUAGAGUGUGAAGUCGUCCAGGGCAGUCAUCAUGUGCACCUUAACAACCCUGAACGAGUGGCACCACUAAUUAACAAUUUCAUGCUCUCCUAAGGUCGAUUAUUUGAAGAAUAUUUUAAGGAUAAUUGUGGUUGACUGUCUGAAGUCUAGUUAAAAACUUAUUAAUUACAAAGGCAAUUUACAAAAGGCCGUAGUUUUGGUGCUUGACAAAGAAUGUUCUCAGAGUUUCACGCGCGCACAGUGAAAGAUAGAGGUGUAUUAUCUGUUUAAUAUUUCAAAACUAUAAUAAAUUGAUUUGAAUGGC